ACGCAUAUAACACCAAUCCUAUGUAUAGUUACAUACCCAUGCCAUUCUUUUCCAUAAAUCACAUUGCUGCAUUCACACUCUUAAAGAUAAGAAAAUGAAGCUCGUUUCUUUGAUACUACUUUUCUUAGCUUUCUUGCUUGGAACCACAGCAGAGCAAUGUGGAACACAGGCUGGGGGUGCAGUAUGUCCAAAUGGGCUAUGUUGUAGCCAAUUUGGAUGGUGUGGCAACACAAAUGAUUACUGUGGAAAUGGUUGCCAAAGCCAGUGUUCUUCUACUACUCCAUCUCCUACAACUCCUAGUGGUGGCAGCGAUGUUAGCAGCCUCAUCAGCGCGUCUCUUUUUGACCAAAUGCUUAAAUAUAAGAACGAUCCAAGAUGUAAAAGUAAUGGAUUCUACACUUACAAUGCUUUCAUAACUGCUGCCAAAUCUUUCAAUGGCUUUGGCACAACUGGUGAUGUCACUACACGUAAAAGGGAGCUUGCGGCUUUUUUAGCUCAAACCUCUCAUGAGACCACAGGAGGAUGGGUAAGUGCACCAGAUGGCCCAUAUGCAUGGGGAUAUUGCUUUAUUGCAGAAAAUAACAAGCAAACCUAUUGUACACCAACAGAUUGGCCCUGCGCUUCUGGCAAACAAUAUUAUGGCCGAGGACCUAUCCAACUCACUCACAACUACAACUAUGGUCAAGCAGGUAAUGCCAUUGGAGCUGAUCUCAUAAACAAUCCAGAUCUAGUAGCCACAGACCCCACCAUAUCAUUCAAGACAGCCAUAUGGUUUUGGAUGACCCCACAAGCAAGCAAGCCAUCUAGCCACAAUGUGAUCAUUGGAAGCUGGACUUCUUCUGCUGCUGACACAUCUGCUAGUCGAGUCCCCGGCUAUGGUGUAAUCACCAACAUUAUCAAUGGUGGGGAAGAAUGUGGCCAUGGGUCCGAUCCUAGGGUGGCUGAUAGGAUUGGUUUCUAUAAGAGGUACUGUGACAUAUUGGGAGUAAGCUAUGGGGACAACUUAGAUUGCUAUAAUCAAAGUCAUUUUGCCUAAUUAACAACGUUGGUCCAAGGCAAAAAAAUUGUUUAGCCAAGAACAACAAAGAGACUAUAUAACAAAUUUAUAAAUGUAUGAAUUGGAGAUUUUCUUGUUCAAUGGGAAAUCUCUAAACUUAUUGAUAAAUAAAGAGGAAUUAUAUUAAA